GCCUUGUCUUGGUGAUGAACGUGUGGGGCACCAUUGUACACACAUCGAGCCACCGUUCUGUCGUUUGAGCGACCGAGCGAGCUUGUCGUGGCGUGCCAUUGGGCAUUGGCUGUGUAGGCGAUGAAGUUUGCAAAGGAGCUCGAGCACGAACUUGUGCCGGAAUGGAGGAUCAAGUACCUGGACUAUAAGCUCGGGAAGAAGAAGAUCAAAGCAAUCCAGCGGGCAUUGAGGACGGCGCAGAGCAGCAACCCUCUCACACCGAGACGACUCGGACGCGGAAACACUGUUUCAAGCCGCAGGGACGCCGCUCCCCAGUACUCGUACCUAAGCAGAGGAGGCUCGCGACCUUUGCACACUCCGCACGAUGCGCAGACUGUACAGGGGAACACGCCCUCGCACCAGCAUACGUCGUCCGCGCCAAAGGACAUCGCCCCGGUGCGCACCCGGAGCAGCAACCACAGCGGCGGCAGAGAUGGCAUAGGGUACUUGACUCCCUUGUACCGUGCUCGCAGUAGACCCAGCGACGCCGCGCAUCAAGGCGACGACCACGACGCAGCUGAGACUACACCCCUCAAGCAUGAUUUUGAAAGCACUUUGCACCACACGUACACGGAGCGAGGACUGACGAGAUAUGGCAGCAUCAUCGGCAGCCCGCCUCGCGACGAUGCUGCGUCGCACAGUCUGAGAGGUCGCGGCCCCCCUAGUCUGAAUCUUCCGGGCCCCGCGCUGCGUACCACGACGCCAACGGCAGACGAGCCUCCGCUGACUACGACGACGAGCGAGCCGCAGCUGCUGAAGGGCGUCGAGGAGGUCGGCCAGGACGAUGUGGUGGGGUCAACGCCGUACGAGGCUGGCAAGACGAGGCAACCAGCACGCAAGACACCGCUUAGCAUCAGGCAUAGAAGCAUAUUCAGCCCUCGGCGGGUCAAUUCGCUUCCGUACGGCGCAUCCGAGGGCCCGUCGCGGCCGGUGAUGAAGCGGCUGCUUUCGCUAGGCGCACCGAGCACGCCCUCUCCGGUCGACCUUCCGCUCGAGGCGUAUCGCGAGCUGGACCUGCGCCAGGCCGAGUUCUUCAACUUCCUCGAUCUCGAGCUGGAGAAGGUGGAGUCGUUCUACAAGCUCAAGGAGGACGAGGCGACCAAACGUUUGGAAGUUCUUCGACAGCAGCUGCACAUCAUGCGCGAUCGGCGAAUCGAGGAGCUGGUCAAGGCGCGCAUGGAGUCUAGAAAGGCUGCGAAGGCCUCCGAAGGCAACGGCAACGACGGUAAGGGGAACGGUUUCUUGCUUGCAAAGACAGACUCGUGGCUCCACAAACUGGAUGAGGCACUCACCGCUGCUAAGCAUGGCAAGUUUGGGAAAAAAUCCAAGGCUAUGGCGACGUUGGGCACGCCGCAGGUGCUCGAGGGCGGGAACCCGGAAGAUUGGAACCGAGACUACGUCCGCAGGAAGCAGCACACACGGAUCCCCUACCGGACAGCGAAGCGGAAGCUAAAGCUGGCCAUGCAGGAGUACUACCGCGGCCUGGAGCUUCUGAAGAGCUACGCGCUGCUGAAUCGCAAGGCGUUUCGCAAGAUCAACAAGAAGUACGACAAGGCCGUCAACGCGAGGCCCAGUCUGCGGUACAUGAACGAGAAGGUCAACCACGCUUACUUUGUCACGAGCGACGUCGUCGACUGCCACAUCCGCGCCGUCGAGGACCUGUACGCCCGCUACUUUGAGGGCGGCAAUCACAAGGUCGCCGCCGGCAAGCUGAGACAGAAGACGACGCAGUCGGUCGACUUCACCGGCGUCGUAUUCAGGACAGGCCUGUAUAUUGCUGCGGGUUUGGUCUUUGCCGUCGAAGGCCUCGUCUACGCCGGCCAGAUCAUAUACGGCCACGACCAGGUGCUGAGAUUGAACACCAGCUAUCUACUCCAGAUUUACGGCGGAUACUUCCUCAUGCUGCUACUCAUGCUCUUCUUCGUCUUCGACUGCCGAUUCUGGACUAUGGCAAAGGUGAAUUACGCCUUCGUAUUUGAGUUCGACAGCCGCCACAAUCUCGACUGGCGCCAGCUCGCUGAGCUUCCCUCGUUCCUCCUUUUCCUUCUCGGCUUCUUCGUCUGGAUAAACUUCUCUCAGUACGGAACUUCCCAGAUGUUCAUCUAUUAUCCCGUCAUCCUCGUCGGCGUCACCUUUGUUCUGCUGUUCAAUCCGCUGCCCAUACUCUACCAUCGGGCGAGAUGGUGGUUCCUCACCGCGCUGUGGCGCCUCUUCUUCUCUGGUCUGUACCCUGUCGAGUUCCGUGACUUCUUCCUGGGCGACAUGUUCUGCUCGCAGACGUACGCAAUGGGCAACAUCGAGCUGUUCUUUUGUCUGUAUGCGCACCUCGCGCCGGGACAUGCAAGCUUUGCCAACCCUGCCCAAUGCAACAGUAACAACUCGAGACUGCUUGGCUUCUUCAGCACCCUGCCUGGCGUGUGGCGUGCGCUGCAGUGCUUGAGGCGUUACCGCGACACGAAGAAUGCCUUUCCCCACCUGGCCAACUGUGGAAAAUACACAGCGACGAUUUGUUAUUACAUGAGCCUGAGCCUGUGGAGAAUGGACAAGACUUUCGAGCUGAAGGCGCUAUUCAUCUUCUUUGCCACCGUCAAUGCCGUCUAUUGCAGUAUUUGGGACCUCGUCAUGGACUGGUCUCUUCUAGACCCAUACUCGCACUACAGAUUCUUACGCGAUCAUCUGGCCUUCAAGCAAGUGUGGAUGUACUAUGUUGCCAUGAUCAUCGACCCUAUACUAAGAUUCAACUGGAUUUUUUACGCCAUCUACGCAAACGAUGUGCAGCACUCGGCCACUCUGUCCUUUGUCGUUUCCUUGAGCGAGGUCUUCCGUCGUGGUGUCUGGACCAUCUUCAGAGUCGAGAACGAGCAUUGCACAAAUGUUGGCCGCUUCAGAGCCAGUAGAGACGUGCCGCUUCCUUACAAGAUCAAGAAGAUCCCCGAAGGUGCUGAAGGAGAAGGGACGAUCGUGGAAGCGGAGGAGACGGCGGAGGACGAAGAGAGGGAGGCGAGAGAGGAAGAGCAAAGGAGACAGGGUCUCAGAAUCUCGCCCAGUCUUUCGCGAACACGCUCCACAGGCGUGGAUCUCGAGCGACAGCGCACCCAAGACAGCACGACUACGGUUCGGCCACGGAGGCGGAAGUCGCGUUCAAACACCGAGCCCAGUCCGUUGAUAUGGGGACUCAGCUAUGUGGGCAACCUGCUCCACACAGCACACGCGCAAGACUUUGAGCGCAAGAAACGUCCUGCAGUCGCGGUCACGGACAAGGAUGAUAACAAGAGCGAUGGGUUCAGCGAUUACGACGUCGAUGCCGGGACGGACGAGGAGGAAGAGAGAAGAGAGCAACAAGACGCCGAGAGGCUCUUUGAGGAUACUGUCGAUCGUGCUGAGGCUAGCGGUAGUGGGAGCGGUCCGGAGGAGGUGUUCAGCUUCCAGCCUAAGCGGCAGAGCGAAGAGUCGAGCGAUGACGAUGAGGGAGUGAUGAGUCCAGGCGAGCCGGAGGCGGGCACUAAUGUGAAGGCUGAAGAGUAAUGGGCAGGAGGUGCUCGAUCAAGAAAAGAUCGUAUAAGAGGAUCCACAAGCAUUGUACGAAUACUGACGACAGUUUCACCGCAGCAUCAGCGCGGCUGGCGCUACCUUUGUGCUCCGGCAUAGGAUGCCCACCAUGUCCGAGGCAGAAUAUUCAAAUAGUACGCCUUUCUUG